AUGACGUUCGAACAGACCGUAUUCGAACUGGUUCUUGAAGCAGUGAAAAGUGGAAGGAAGAAGAAGGACAUCGCUGAAGAAUUUGGAAUAUCAGCCAGCACACUAUCAACCAUAAUAAAAAAUAAUAAGGAAAUUGAUUUAAGCUUUCCAAUAGACCGGAAUAGGAAGAGAGGUCCUGAUUUUUCAGACGUAGAAGAAUGUGUAGUUAAGUGGUUCAAUCAAUACAGAGAUGCCAAUGUCAGUAUCGGAGGUCCUAUUUUAAAGGAAAAGCAGAAAAUUUCGAAAGUCUGUGGCGAAAGUGCAAAUGUCAGUGAUAAUGUUGUAAAUGAAUGGAAAAUAAAUUUGAGUGAGCUACUUGAAGGAUAUAAACCAUGUGAUAUAUUUAAUGCAGACGAAACUGCACUUUUUUACAAAUGUAUGCCAGAUAAAACUUUAACAUUCAAAAGUGAGAAAUGCAGUGGUGGUAAACAUAGCAAAGAACGACUUACACUAUUAUUGGCUGUUAACAUGACUGGCACAGAUAAACUGAAACCUUUAAUAAUCGGAAAAUCGAAAAACCCGAGGUGUUUUGCUGGUGUCAAAUCUUUUCUCGUUGACUACACAGCAAAUAAGAAAGCAUGGAUGACUAACAAUUGCCUGGCUCACAAUAUUAUACCGAAUUGUCAAGCUAUAAAAGUAAAAUUUUUACCGCCAAAUACCACAUCAAAAUCGCAACCUUUGGACCAAGGAAUUAUUAAAACGUUCAAGACGCUUUAUAGAAAAGAAAUAGUGAGGAAAAUUAUAAGUGAUAUGGAUGAAGAAAAAUCUACAGUAAUCGAUGUUCUUCAAGCUAUGCGCAUUGUUGAUAAGACAUAG